AUGCCUCUCACGAGCUCGACUCGCCUCCCCUCCUCCCCUCAUGAAGUUUGCGCAGAUCUGGCGAGCGUGGCCCGCUUCCAUGCCUUCCUUCGUGUUGCUGAUACGGAUCUGGUGAGCGCACCCCGCCUCUCCGCCUCUCGCUAUGCUGCCGAUACGAAUCUGGCGAACGCGACUCGCCUCCACGCCUUCCCUCACGGCGCUGGCGCAGAUCUGGCGAGCGUGGCCCGCUUCCCCGCGCCCCGUGAUGCGGCUGAUACGAAUUCGGCGAGCGCGACCCGCCUCCCCACCUCCCGCUGCGAUAUCUCCACGGAUCCGGCGAGCGCGACUCGCUUCCCCGCUUCCCGCCCCGAUGCUGACGUGGAUUCGGCGAGCGCGAUCCGCCUCCCCGUCUUCCGUCACGAUGCUGACGCGGAUCAGGCGAACGCGAUUCGCUUCCCCGCCUUCCGUCACGAUGCUGACGUGGAUCCGGCGAGCGCGACCCGUUUCCCCGCCUUCCGUCACGAUGCUGACGCGGAUCAGGCGAACGCGAUCCGCCUCCUUGCCUCUCGUCACGAUGCGGGUGCAGAUCUGGCGCGCGCGGACCGCUUCCCCGCUUUCCGUCAUGCUGCUGACGCGGAUCUGGCGAGUGCGGCGCGUCGCAGCCCUGCUCCCCGCCAUACGCCUGCUGCCCAGAAACGUGCGCCUCCCUUCGCGCGCUUCGUGCGCCACCAGUUCCCCCCGUCUCCCCUUCGCCUGCCUUUUCCGCCUCGCCUGGCGCAGGGUCUGCCUCCGUUGCUUCCGCGGGCAUGUCGCGCUGCCCGCCUCCGUCCUCCUUCCGGACUUCGUCGCUGGCCUCUGCCACGUCAUCGCGCUCAGACUCCUGCGAGGUAUCCGUCGCGUCGUCCUCUCCUUCUCCGCUGGCAUUGA